AUGAACUUUUUCUUCCCUUCUUUAAUCUUCAUCCCCACUUUAGUGUGGUUUAAUAUGGAAAAGGAAGUAAACAGAAAACCACUUGAAUCUCUUCAUGUUUUGAUGAAAAUUAUUACGCGAUGUGAAAUGAUGGAAGCGCACAACGAGCUGGGAAAAGUUCGAAAUAGACAAAAUAAAAAGCGCCAGAAAAAGUUUCCAUUUGCCAUUGUUGUAAUUUAA